AUGGCUCAGCCAAAGAACCACAUUAUCUAUGCACCUUCAGAGGAGACUCCCCGCGGCGUAAAGUCUGUCUUCCUCGCCGGCACCACCAGCAAAGUGGACCCCGGUGACUGGCGCGAGACUCUAUCCACCUCCCUCUCCGACCUGCCAGUCACGAUCUACAGUCCUUACCGGCCUGAUUGGGACAGCUCGUGGCGGGAGGACAUUGAUUUCGCUCCUUACCGAGAGCAGGUGGAGUGGGAGCUCGACAAGCUGGACAAAUCCGACACCGUCGUUAUAUAUUUCCAUCCGGCCACCCAGGCACCGAUCAGUUUACUGGAGCUUGGACUCUGUGCGCGAGUCCCCGGGAAGGCUCUUGUUGUCUGUCCUGAGGGAUACUGGAAGAGGGGGAAUGUGCAGAUUGUGUGCGAAAAAUACGGAGUUGAAAUGGUGGACAAUGUUGAUGCGUUGAGGGACGCCAUUGUCGAGAGAUUGUCUUUCGGCGUGAUGGCUGACAUUGCUCAUCCUGUUCCCAACAAGUCUGAUCAACGCUGGUUUGGAUUCCAUUCCGGGUUUGAAAAGGCCUCAGUGGAAGGGCUAUGA